UCACGUUCCUUCCUUUCCCAAUGUCCGAUGUGAGCAAACUCCCCCCGUCCGACCCUCAAACGAUACCACCUCCCCCUGGUGUACCUCAGCCAACGGGAAACUUGCGUACCGAUGUAUACAAUUCCAUGACCAAUAUACUUCAAGUACCAUGCGCCAAGAACGCAUUUAUGCAAGGACUGGUUAGCGGCGUUGGUGUAGGCUUCAUUCGUGGAACGACUGCUGCUCCAAUUGUCGCUGGGCAUUGGGCAAUAACGACCUUUGUUGGAAUAUCCGGCGUGUCCUGGUAUAUCUGCCACCGUCGUAUGGCAAAGGAACGCGAAAAGGUCAUUCAAAUGAUCGAGAGUGCGCCAAAACGAACUGUGAAGUACGAAGAAUCUACAUCUAAUAAAUAAUAGUAAAAGCAUCUUCAACUCCACUCAGACGCCCAAACGUCCUUAUCCCACUUCUCUACGAGUUCAGCGUCAUCCUGAUAUUAUGAUGAGCUUCAUUGAUACAGCCUUCUAUAGCCAACAAACAUACCUUGAACUUGACCUGGAAUUGU